AUGUGUUCUGACGCAAUAUCAUGUUCACCUACUCAUUACUACUCUGAUGAAGAGCCAAAUGAGGUCGCUCGUUUGCAAACAGAAGUGAGUUAUUAUCAUCUUGGAAAACUUAUUGAGGAUGAACUUUGCCGGUCGCCCUUAGAUCCAUCUCUCACAAUCGAUUACUCCAAUUCUUCCCACGAUUUGUCUCCUGCAUUAUAUCCUAAUAAUGACUUACACGAGCGUGAUGAAGUCGAUUUUCAAGAUCAGUUUCCGGAACCUCUUCCUCUCCAUUUACAGAAUUCAUCUUAUAGUCAAUUUCAUUAUUCAGAACAUGCCAAUGGAUACGGUAUAGAAAACCCUAACUAUCAUAAACAACUAGGUAGUCAACACUUUCAAGAUAUUAAUGGAUCUGUAUGUGGUUCAUAUACCGCCCUCUGUGAUGGUUUGACCUCCCCUCGAAAUCGCCUCUCAACGCUUUCAAAACACACUACAUUCAGUACCCCCAAUCUAUCCAGUCGCAUUGUUGAAGGUAUAAGCAAUGAGCUUGAUCCAAGUUAUGAUCGUGAAUCGACUAUUUCACCAGCCUACGACGGUUCCAAACUCAUCGGCCAUUUGUUCAUUCCACAGCCGGAUGACUCUGCUUCUCCUGUUCGUCUUAGUCCGAUUCCUAUCACUACCUCUAAAGCACGUAAAAAUGAGCCAAUAUCGAAUCCACUAGAAGAGAACGUGGAUACAUUGGAUAGGAAUCGAGAAUACCUCAUUUUCGAGGCACGCGGACGUCAGCUACAAGAGGCGCAGCAAGAAAUAUCUCUACUCAAGGAAGAACUCGCCCAAUCGGAGAGAUUGAACAAUCAUAAAGAUAUUCUGGCUAAAGCACAAAUUGAGAGUUUAAAUCGACAGUUAGAGGAAAUUAAAAAGGCAAACAUCGAUUCGGAGAAGAGGAAUAAAGAGCUUUCGGAGGAAGUUUCGGUUCUCAAUAACCAACUCAGUGCUCUGAAGAAGCUCAAAGAAGAUUCCGAUAAUAAAUUAGCAGAUUUGGAGGCGAAAAAUGCUUCACUUUCUUCUGAACUCAUUCAGCUCUCCAAUGGAUUUAGCUUGAAUUUGGCUAAACAGCGGGAAAAUAAUCUUACUGAAUGCCUCAAUCGUCGUCAUGCUAUGGCCGAGGAGGUGCUGCAAGAGAACUUGGAGAUAUCCCAACGCAAAAUUGCCAAUAAAGAGAAUGAAUUGAUGUCUCUUCGUAAGGAUCUUGAAUCCGAGCGUUUGCGGUGUAGUGAAAUGACAGCAAAACACAAUGAACUUGUUGAUAGUCUUCAAAAUAAACUGAAAGCUUCGCAGGAGAGAUGCUCGGAAUUAUCCUCUUCAUCUCUCUGUAUUGAAGUUGGGGAACUUAGAGAACGCAUAAAGGAAGUUCUAACUUCAAAAAAGAUCACCGAUGACAUUAAUGAAAUAUUGCAAGAAGAAUUGAGAGACGUUCGAGAACAGCUUGCUAUAUAUGAACAAAGUUUGGACAUAUUCUCCGUGGUAGAGGAACGGGAAUUAACACCUAGACAUCAGUUGCCUCUCUUUCAUGAUACUAAGGGUGGUCAAAUUUCCACAAUUCUUUCGAAAACAUCGCCAAUUAGAAAUAGAAGGAGAAGUUGUCAGUCAGUGACUUUCGCCGGAUGUCAAAAUGACUCAGAUGGAAAAGAGGAUGUGUUAACGCUGAAGAGACCAUCUUCAGCUGCUGAUGUACCUCUUUCUUCAACAUGGAAUCAGGAAAUUGGAGAUAGAGCGUCAGCAAGUACACCACACAGAAUAUUCACCGCCUCAACCGACCAGACGAAGGUUUCACUACCUCCGCAGAUCAAUGAAUCAAUUGGCGCUUUGAAAACAGAAUUGAAGAAUACUCUUGUGAAAUACAAAGCUAAGCGGGAGCAGACAACGAGUCUGUAUGAGAAGCUGUUCUCCGCGCGCUGUGAUCUUCACAAAGCUGUGGCUGAACGAGAUAGGGCUGAGUCGGCCCGUGCCGAUUUACAGGUACGUCAAAGAUUAAAUAUCACUUCUUUUUCCCACCAACUUAUGAAUUUCUUAACCUUGCGUUUCCUCUUAAAUUCUAAACCCCGAUUUGUGCCGAAAUCCCUUGUUUUCAGUUAG